AUGAGCCCUAGGGGAAAACACAAUGCGCAACCGGCUGGCGCAGCCUCGAUGGUCUUCACGACCUGGGAACUGGUCGAGAUCAUAAUGCUUCACCUGGAAAUGCGAGAGCUGUUGGUCACCGGCCAAAGAAUCAACGUCUUCUGCCACACCGUUGUGCAGAAGAGCGCGCUCCUGCAGCAGCGGCUGUUUUUCCAACCGGUGGCGGAAGAGAUGCGAUGUAACGUCUCGUCGAGCGGCGACGUCGUCGCCAACCCGCUGCUAGCAGACCAUUUCUACCAGUUCUUCCAAGACCUGCCGGCCACAACGUCCUGGGGCCGUGCCCCCAACGAUGGCGAAGCACCCCAGCACAAGUCUCUGCGGAGAUCAGCCCCGUUGCUGGAUCUGCACCCGACCAGGAGGGAGGCGGCCUUAAAUCGCCGCGGCGCCAGCUGGCGGUCCAUGCUGCUGUCGCAGCCGCCACCGACGCGACUAGAGUACCUGACGUGGGCCCGGAAGGGGUGGCGUAGCAAGAGGGGGCACGCGGUCGUGGUGUCACGCGACGCCCCGGUGCGCAUGGGCGCCGUGUACGACUUGGCCUACUACGCGCUGUGGCGAACGGGUGCCAUGAGCGUUCGCUGGCGAUGCUACGCACAGUUCUUCGGGACUGGAGGGCUGCCCUUGUUCUACGAGCUCCACGGUGUAGACGCGCCCUUCACCGAGGGCUUCAUGACUAUCCGUAUUGGGGAAUCCAAAGCGUUCAACAUUGCUACUGGAGGGCCCACAGCACCUCUGCCGUAUCGCCUUCAUUAUAUAAAAAACCACAAAAGCAUGUACCAGAGGCUAUUGACGCUCAUACAUGGGGCUAGAAAUGCGGUGGGCAGUGAAGAGGAUUGUUUGAAAUUCCGGUCCGAAGAUUACAAUCAAAAUACUGUGGUGCAAUUGGUCCUACCAGACGGUGUUGGGAUCGCAGAUUUAGAGUACCAUUCCCGAGUAGGUCGAUAUGCCUUGCCUGGUGCUGCGUUCGGUUUGAAUGGUCUGUCAGAACCCGGAUUCCGCUUACAGUAG